GACCCGUGAAAAAGUACAGGAGUUACAGAGAAACACUUCUGAAACGGCUGGCAGCCGCAACUGUUGCCAAAAGGAGUGCGAGGCAUCUUCCAGAAGAUGGGAGCCACGGAAGUGAACUGGAGGGACUCCUGGGAGUUGGCCUGGGUUGAGGGCGUUGUGCCCACGCAAAGGCUCACCAGGAUGAAACCCUUUCAGAGGAUCAACCACUUCCCUGGAAUGAGUGAGAUCUGUAAAAAGGACUUAUUGGCCAAGAACAUGAGGCGGAUGAAGUCAUUGCUUCCGGAGCACUACAAUUUCUUUCCGCUCACCUACUGUUUGCCAGACGAGUUUCUCAAACUGACACAAUACAUGCAGCGUCAGAAGCACCUAAGUGACGUGUUUAUCAUUAAGCCGCACAGCAGCUGCCAAGGAUAUGGAAUCGAUCUCGUGAAGGGAGGACAUAAAAUCCACAAAUACAAAAAUGUCGUCUGUCAAAAAUAUAUCUGCAAGCCUUUUCUUUUUGAUGGAUAUAAAUUCGACCUUCGCCUCUACGUCCUAGUGACUUCCGUGUCCCCAUUGAGAGUGUAUAUCUUCGAAGAAGGCCUGGUCCGACUAGCAACAAUACCUUAUCAAAAACCGAACAAUUCAAAUAUGCGGGUGAAAAGAAUGCACUUGACAAACUACGCAGUCAACAGAAAGGUUGAAGAAGGGGAUACAUUCCGUUUUCAAUCUUGCAUGAAGUCGUUGUUGGAUUUGAACAAGUACUUGGCGGACAAGGGCAUCUCGGCUCCGGAUCUCUGGACGGCCAUUGAUGGCAUCAUCGUGAAGACGCUGCUGUCUGCACUGCCCCAGCUGCGCCACGUGUUCCACGCCACGUGCCCCGCCCCUUCGGCAGUGUCGCCCUGCUUCAAGAUGCUCGGAUUCGACAUCCUGUUGGACGAGAAGCUCCAGCCCUAUCUGCUGGAGGUAAACCGUUCUCCAAGCUUAGUUGGUUCUGCGGAGCUCGACAGGUCGCUAAAGACGCGACUUAUCACGAACGUUUUGGACAUGGUGUUACUCACGCAGAAACAAAUCAACUUGCUCAACAAUGAGGAUCACCUGAAAUCAGUCAGAAGGCUCACCAAUCCCAAUGCGACUCGGCAUUUGUCGGCACGGGAACGAAUCCUGGUCGAGUACCAACCGAGACACGAAGAAUCGAGGAUGGGCCGCUUCAGAAGACUUUAUCCGGAUGAAACGGGAAGGUACGAAGACAUCGAACGAGUGAUCUGCGGUUCGUUCAACCAGCAACGGAACUGAGAUGGAAUAAGAGAGUGGUGACUCGUUCCCAAAUGCAAAAAUUGGAAUGCGACGUUUUUUGUUUUUUGUUUUUCAGUUGUUCGAUGUAAUAAAG